UUAUUUGACUUUUAUAAGCACUUUAUUCCAAUGGAAUGCUUUUAAAUUCUAUAUCAAAGAUGUCACAGCAGUUUUUAUUGAAAACACUCGUGAGAUAUAGCACAAUUGUAGUAGUAACCUUAUCAUCAAUUUUCUCUCUCUAGUGAUACCGAUUGAUAAGUACUUCUUGUUUCCCAUCUUUUCCUUUCUCAUAACAGAACACAAUGAGCAGUUACAUGUCCAUUGAAAUUCUACUCCCUUAUUUCUUCAUCCUUCUUUCUUUGUUUUUCUCACUACCGUCACCGGCCUCGCCGAAAUCACUGCUACCGCUACCGCUACCGCUACCGCCACUAAUUUUCGCAGACCAACGUCUGGCUGCGGUCUACCCAAUAAUUCAAAAUUUCAAGAAAAUUAUAGCCUCGGACCCCCUAAACAUCACAAAAACAUGGGUGGGUGCGGACGUAUGCAAAUACAGGGGAUUCUUCUGCGACCACCCUCCCGAUAACGAGACCGCGAUCGCCCUCGCCUCGGUCGACUUCAAUGGGUUCCGACUCAUCGCUCCAACGCUCGACGGGUUCCUCGAUAGUCUCCCUGAUAUCGCUCUCUUCCAUGCCAACUCCAACUUCUUUUCUGGCUCCAUCCCGCCGAAAAUCGCCAACCUCCCAUACCUCUACGAGCUCGACAUAAGCAACAACUUGUUCACCGGAUCAUUUCCCGAUUCAAUUCUAGGCAUGAAAACCCUGUCUUUCUUGGACAUACGGUACAAUCUGUUCUCGGGAGCAGUCCCGCCUCAGUUAUUCACCGAUGAAACCCUAGACGCGUUGUUCCUCAACAACAACAAUUUCAUGCAAAGACUCCCAGAUUAUUUGGGAAACAACCGGCUACUCUAUCUCACCUUAGCCAACAACAAGUUCUUCGGUCCGAUCCCUCGUUCCAUCGCGAAAACCCUGUCCUCUCUAACAGAGGUUCUGUUUCUGAACAACAUGUUGAGCGGAUGCCUUCCGUAUGAACUCGGGUUACUCAAAAAGGCCGUGGUUCUGGAUGCCGGAAACAAUCGUUUAACGGGACAGAUACCCUUUUCGUUGGGAUGCUUGGAAAAUGUGGAGGUGCUGAAUUUCGCGGGUAACCUUUUCUAUGGCAUGGUACCGGAAGUUGUGUGCGCGCUGGGAAAUUUGGCGAAUUUAUCGCUUUCCGACAACUAUUUCACGCUUCUAGGGCCGAUUUGUCAGAGUUUGAUCAUGAAAGGAGUGAUUGAUGUGGGGAACAACUGCAUUCCCAACGCUCCGUUUCAAAGACCGGUCGAGGAAUGCGCGGAUUUCUUUGCGCAACCGAGGUACUGUCCGUAUAUCGCGACGUAUAGUUACAUUCCUUGUUUGCUUCCCGAUUCUAGUUUUCCGCCGUUCGUUCAACCUGCGCCUCAGCCUUCUUGAAUUUUGUUUCUGAUUUGGGUGUUUGUAAGUUUCGGUUUUUGUUGAUCAAUAUGUUCACUUAUAUGUGUUUGUAAUGAAAGAUUAAGAUUUUCACUUGCCA